AUGAACAACCUACUAACCGAUUCCUUUGAGCUUCCCCGGCGGGAUUCCUCAAGAGAUGAGGGGGAUGUUGAAAUGGGAAUGCAUCAGAUCGACGCCUCUGAUAAUUUAAAAGGCUUCUUCAAGAAGGUUGAUGAAAUUGAGAGCCUAAUAGCUAACUUAACGAGUCUCUUGACUAAGCUCCAGACUGCAAACAAGGAAUCAAAAUCAGUUACAAAAGCAAGCGCCAUGAAAGCAAUUAAGCAGAAAAUGGAGAAAGAUGUCGAUGAAGCGAGGAAAAUUGCUCGUAUGGCCAAAACAAAACUUGAUGAACUCGAAGAUGAUAACUUAUCUAACAAGCAGAAACCUGGAUGCGGGAAGGGCUCUGCGGUAGAUCAAUUAAGGGAACAUACCACUGGAGCAGUGAAGAAUAAUUUGAAGGAACAGAUCGAUGAUUUUCAGGUAUUGGGAGAAUCAAUCCGGCAGGAGUACCGGGAAGUUGUUGAAAGAAGGGUAUUUACUGUAAUUGGUAAUCACCCUGAUGAGGAACCUGCAGACAAUUUAAUUGAGACAGGGAGAAGCGAGCAAAUUUUCAAAGAUGCGGUUCAACAGCAGGGGAGAGGCCAGAUAUUGGAUACUGUUGCUGAGAUACAGGAGCGGCAUGAUGCUGUAAGAGAUCUAGAGAGGAAGCUUCUAGAGUUGCAGCAGAUAUUCCUGGAUAUGGCAGUAUUGGUUGUGGCCCAAGGAGAGAUGACAAAUGACAUAGUAACACGUAUUUCAAAGGCUACCGACUACAUACAGCAAGGUUUGGAUGCUCUCCAGAAGGCAAAGCGGCUACAGAGGAACUUGAGAAUGUGCAUGUGCUCCGCCGUACUCGUUCUCCUGCUGAUAGUGGUUGUCGUUGUGCUCACAGUUAUCUAGCCAGGGAAGAAGUAACUCUUGAGCACGACCUGAAACCCAACAUCUCGGCGCGGCAGAAUAUUUUUUUUCGACAAAUGAAAUAUAUUAAUAUCGCGAAGAUACCAAUUACACCCGGCCUCUGUAUCAACAAGAUGUCCAAAGACAUCAGGGAUACACAUAGCCAAAAAAAAGAAAUAAAGAAAAAAGACCCUGCCAUGGUGAUCAAUCACUAGCAACAACACUCUAACCACCACCGAAAACAACACUCGGAUUAUAAAAGAGGUUCUCCAAAAGCAACGCCUUCAAGAAGGAAACAAUGCACAAGCGUUGUCGUU